CUCGGGGUUCUAGCAGCUUCCAGAAGGCGGCGCGGUGGCGGCGGGAGAGGAGCGGCCAUGGAGGAGGUGCAGGCUCUGAAGGAGCAGGGGAACCAGGCUCUGGCGGAUGGGGACGUUGCUGCUGCUGUCAGACAUUACUCUGCUGCCAUCGCGCUCGACGCCAACAACCACGUCCUGUUCAGCAACCGCUCAGCAGCCUAUGCCAGGCAGGGGGAGUACGCGCGGGCGCUGGCGGAUGCCUGCCGCACACUGGAGCUCAGGCCGGACUGGGCCAAGGGUUACUCCCGCAAGGCAGCAGCUCUGGAGUUCCUGCAGCGCCUGGAGGAGGCCAAGGCCACGUACGAGGAGGGGCUGAGACAUGAGCCCCACAACACACAGCUCCGGGAGGGGCUGCGGGGGGUGGAGGCGAGGCUGGCGGAGCGGAAGCUCCUGAACCCCUUCAGUGCCCCUGACCUGCUGACCCGGCUGGAGGGUGACCCCAGGACCCGGAACCUGCUGCGGGACCCUGAGUACCGGGGGCUGCUGGAGCAGCUGCGCAGGGACCCCGCGAGGCUGGGCUCGAAGCUGCAGGACCCGCGGGUCAUGACCACCCUGAGUGUGCUGCUGGGGGUGGAUCUGAGUGGGGCCGAGGAGGAGGAGGAGGCCCCAUCCCCCCCCCCCCCACCCCCCCCCAAGCCCCCAGCCCAGCCCCCCCCCCCCGAGGAGCUCCCCGCGAACAAGAAGGAGGCCCAGCGGGAGAAGGAGCUGGGCAAUGCUGCCUACAAGCGGAAGGAUUUCCCCACAGCUCUGGCUCACUACACCCGCGCCGAGGAGCUCGACCCCACAAACAUGACCUAUGUCACCAACCAGGCCGCCGUCCACUUUGAGACCGGUGCAUACCCACGGUGCCGGGAGCUGUGUGAAAAGGCCAUUGAAGUGGGACGGCAGAACCGGGAGGACUACAGGCAGAUUGCUAAGGCUUACGCGCGCAUUGGGAACUCCUACUUCCGCGAGGAGCGUUAUAAGGAUGCCAUUCACUUCUAUAACAAGUCCUUGGCCGAGCAUCGCACCCCAGAUGUGCUCAAGAAGUGCCAGCAGGCGGAGAAGAUCCUGAAGGAGCAGGAGCGUUUGGCUUACAUUGACCCCGAACUGGCGCUGCAGGAGAAGAACAAGGGCAAUGAAUGCUUCCAAAGAGGGGAUUACCCCCAGGCUAUGAAGCACUACACUGAGGCCAUCAGGCGCAACCCGCACGAGGCGAGGCUGUACAGCAACCGUGCCGCCUGUUACACCAAGCUGCUUGAGUUCCCCCUUGCCCUUAAGGACUGUGAGGAGUGCAUCCGCCUGGAACCCUCCUUCAUCAAAGGCUACACCCGGAAGGCAGCCGCACUGGAGGCCAUGAAGGAUUACAGCAAGGCCAUGGACGUCUACCAACGCGCCCUCGACCUGGACGCCGGCUGUAAGGAGGCGGCCGAGGGUUACCAGCGCUGCCUGUUGGCGCAGUACAACCGGCAGGACAGCCCCGAGGAGGUCAAGCGCCGCGCUAUGGCUGACCCCGAGGUGCAGCACAUCAUGAGUGACCCUGCCAUGCGCCUGAUCCUGGAGCAGAUGCAGAAGGACCCCCAGGCCCUCAGCGAGCACCUCAAGAACCCGGUGAUCGCACAGAAGAUCCAGAAGCUGAUGGAUGUGGGGCUCAUUGCCAUCCGGUGACCCCCCAUAGCCUGCCCCACACCCCCAGGGCCAUGCUGGAUGUGGGGCUCAUUGCCAUCCGGUGACCCCCCAUAGCCUGCCCCACACCCCCAGGGCCAUGCUGGAUGUGGGGCUCAUUGCCAUCCGGUGACCCCCCAUAGCCUGCCCCACACCCCCAGGGCCAUGGGGGGCAGGGGGAGCUGCCCCUCACAUCCCCUUCCCCCU